AUGUCCUUGGUGGUGGAUUGUGUCAUGGAGAUUCUUCACAUCAUGGCAGAGCAGGAAGAAGUGGGAGAGUCAACUUGCACUGAUACGAAGCAAACUACACAGAACAGUUCAUCUCUUGUGGCAGAAGUUAACACUAUGGUGUCUGUACAGAUGGGAACAAAGUCUCUGCUCUGCUGCCCUUCAAUUCCACUGAAAAAAGCAGUAUUAGUAACAUGGACGAUAAUGCCCAGAGGUCAGCCUUCCUGCAUAAUAGCCUACGUUGUAGACACAAUGGAGACCAAUGAAACCAACUGCUCGGGCAGGAACAUCACCUGGGUCUUCACACCUGACCUCGGUCCUGGCCUUCAGAUCAGUGCAGUGGCCCUCCAGCAUGAGGGGAAUUACUCAUGUGAGAUAGCAACACCUGAAGGAAAUUUCCAAAAAGUCCAUGACCUCCAAGUGCUGGUGCCCCCUGAGGUAACCUACUCUCCAGGGAAAAAUAGAACUGCAGUUUGUGCGGCAGUUGCAGGCAAGCCUGCUGCGCAGAUCUCUUGGACUCCAGAUGGGGAUUGUGUCACUCAGGAUGAAUCACACAGCAAUGGCACAGUGACUGUCAGGAGCACGUGCCACUGGGAGCAGAACAAUGUGUCUGUUGUGUCCUGCUUUGUCUGUCAUUUGACUGGUAACCAGACUCUGUCCAUAGAUCUGAGUAGAGGUGGUGACCAAUUAUUACAACCAUAUAUUUCGUACAUCAGACCAUCUAUUAUUAUUUUGAUCAUCAUAGGAUGCAUUUGUCUUUUGAAAACCAGUGGUUUUAGAAAAUGUAAAUUGCCAAAGUUGGAAGCUACUCCACCUGUUGAGGAGCUUAAAGCAACCGUUCCUUAG